UGAGUAUAUCACGAAGUUAACUUAGUUUUGUAUACAUCAAGGGAGUGAAAACACAUAGCACACUAAUUGGAAGACUUCACAGGAAAGUAGCAUCGCCUUUUUAAUAUUAUAUGGGUCACAACACGCAACAAAAAGAUAUUGUAGAAUAUUGCAAGUCAAUGGUAAAUACUGAGUUUUAUGGUGAAGAAAAAACUGAAGAGGGAGAAAAACAAGUAAAGAGAAGAAAAAUAAGUUAUUAUGACACAAAGGAAUACCCAUUAAAUGAACAUGUGACAUCGCCCAGUCUUGGAAAUCUUCUCAAACUUUUAUAUCAUGUUUUGGUACAUGCUGAAGCAUCGAGAAUCAGAAAAUACGACGAAGACAUCCGACAGUGUCUUUACUCGAUCGCUCAACUGAGGAAAAAGCGAAGCGAAAAUGGACGAGGUUGUAACAAAAGACUGAGAAAUGAAUUUGCAGUUUUCUUGAAAAGAUUUUUAGAGCGAAGAACCUUUCCUUGUAUUGAAAAUGUCAGUGAAAAUUAUUGGGGAAGCAGGCAACAAUUAAGAGCAGGAAAAGUGAUUGCAGAUCAUAUAGAUAUUCAAAACGGGGCGCUUGAUCCUAUCUAUGGCGUGCUGUUAUGUCCUUCUGCAGGUUUAAGGCAUAGCGGAGAUGAAAAGACAAAGUCAAGUCUUGACAGUUAUCAAAUUGUUGACAAUUAUUGGUGGAACUACAGCGAGUUAACGAAAUCCUAUCACGCGAUUAUGUACGACUCGUUUCGUUAUCUUAAAGAAUAUCACAACGAGGGGCCUGGUCCUGAUUAUUUAGCUUCUCAUGCUCUGCUUUAUUGGGAGCCUGUGUCAGAACAAACUACAAGUCUUUUGUUUUGGAAAAGAACAAUAGAUCGUAUUGCGGAAGAAAACAUAUUUGUCGAAAAAAAAAUUGUUUGAGCAUUGCCUGCCGUUAUGAUUCGGACAUAGACGGACUUUGAACCACUCUGAAAAUCGAGCCAAAAAUAAAACUAACGAGAUUCAGGGCGGAAUGAUGUAGGAAAUAACAAAAUGCAGCCUUGAGAAAUUUGAUAGUAAACUAUAAACCCUUUGAUGAUGUGAAGCGUUUCAAAUUUGUGACGUUCAGAACUGGCGUGUAGAUGGAAAAUUUAUAUGUGUAUAUUACCGUAAGUAUGCUAAAUGCAAAUAUGAAGUGUAGAUAGUUGUGACAUUGUAAAUAAAUAUCACAUGACUUUGUAAAAUAACUGUUUUCAAAAUAUUGUUGAAAAAUUUGUCGCUAUUAAA